AUAGAUAUUACUGUUACAGUACCAAACCAUCAAAGUUGUAAUGGGAGAGAGUCAGUGGAGUGAUUGGAAACCUUUUAUUUACGGAGGUUUAGCUUCAAUUUUUGCAGAGUUAGGUACUUUUCCUUUGGACACAACAAAAACACGUCUUCAAAUUCAAGGACAAAAAUUAGAUCAAAGAUAUGCACAUUUAAAAUAUUCUGGUAUGACUGAUGCUUUAUUUCAGAUAUCACAACAAGAAGGUUUCAAAGCUCUAUAUUCUGGAAUCAGUUCAGCUAUUUUAAGACAAGCUACUUAUGGAACUAUAAAAUUUGGUACUUACUAUUCUUUAAAAAAAGCAGCAAUGAAUAAAUGGGAAACAGAUGAUUUAGUUAUUAUAAAUAUUAUUUGUGCUGCUUUGGCUGGUGCUAUUUCAAGUGCUAUAGCUAAUCCUACUGAUGUAGUAAAAGUACGUAUGCAAGUAACUGGAAUCAAUUCAAAUUUAUCGUUAUUUGGUUGCUUUCAAGAUGUAUAUCAACAUGAAGGUGUUUGUGGUUUAUGGAAAGGUGUAGGACCUACUGCCCAAAGAGCAGCAAUUAUUGCAGCUGUAGAACUACCUAUAUAUGAUUAUAGUAAAAAAAAAUUUAUGAUUUUAUUAGGAGACAGUGUUAGUAAUCAUUUUGUGUCCAGUUUUAUAGCUAGUAUGGGAAGUGCAAUAGCUUCUACUCCUAUAGACGUCGUUCGUACACGUUUAAUGAAUCAGAGGAGGAUACGAACUACAGGUGGUACAUUACCACCACAUAUUUAUAAUGGUAGCAUAGAUUGCUUUGUACAGACUUUUAAAAAUGAAGGAUUUUUAGCUUUAUACAAGGGUUUUGUACCUACUUGGUUUAGAAUGGGACCAUGGAAUAUAAUAUUUUUUAUAACAUAUGAACAAUUGAAAAAACUGGACAAUUCACAAUAAUGCAUUGAGUUGUUCAAGUAAGUAAUAAUAAAUGAAAAAAAUAUGUAUGAACAUAUGAUAAAACAAUUGUAAUUAGAGUUUGUAAUGAAUAUUUGUAUUAUAUAA